CGUCCAUGAAUAGUAGUAAUAUGUUACUCUGCUUAUUCAACCACAUUACACAAGCCAUAUUCCUUUCUCUCUCUACACUUACUGCAUUGAUCUCUCUCCCUGCGGCUACCUAUAUAUUCGAAACCUCCAAAACUUACCGCUGAAUUUCCUCACAAUCAUUCCUCAAACGCGGCGGCGCCACCUUCCCCGCCGCCGCCGUCCGCCAUAGACCUCACUCAAAAUUAGAAAAUGCAAAUGAAAGCACAAGUCUGGAGCAGCUGCAUUGACAAUUAAUCCCACACCAGCAAUGGCGGCGAGCAACAACAACAACUCCGCCGCCGCCGUGACGACGGCGGUAGAAUCCGCAUCCUCGGACGAGCUGGCGGCGAAGCUCGCCCACAAGAGGUUUGAAGGGCUGGUGACGGUACGGAGGAAGGCGAUUAAGGGGAAAGGCGCCUGGUACUGGGCCCACCUCGAGCCGAUCCUCGUCCACAACUCCGACACCGGCGUCCCCAAGUCCGUCAAGCUCCGCUGCUCCCUCUGCGACUCCGUCUUCUCCGCCUCCAACCCCUCCCGCACCGCCUCCGAGCACCUCAAGCGCGGCACCUGCCUCAAUUUCUCCUCCAAGCAAACCUCCAUUGACCACGUCCCUCCGUUGACCAUCGUUGACCCGUCAAAAUUCACGGUAGACUUAUCCUAUCCGACCGCAGGGCAGCAGCAGCAGCUGGUGCUGUCAGGCGGGCGGGAGGAUUUGGGGGCUCUGGCAAUGCUGGAAGACAGCGUGAAGCGCCUCAAGAGCCCGAAGCCACGGCCCGGCCCGAGCCUCAGUAAAGCCCAAGCCGACUCCGCCUUGGAUCUCCUCGCCGACUGGGUGUACGACAACUGCGGCUCCGUCGCCCUCUCCAGCAUCGAUCACCCCAAAUUCAAGGCCUUCCUCAACCAUGUGGGCCUUCCCGCCGUCUCUAGGAGGGACUUGAUCGGGGCCAGAUUGGACGCCAAGUACGCCCAGGCCAAGGCCCACUCCGAGGCCAAAAUCCGCGACGCCAUGUUCUUCCAGAUUGCCGCCGACGGCUGGAAAUCCGACUACAAUCCCGUCCAUUUGGCCGUCAAUCUCCCCAACGGCACCAACGUCUUCCGCAAGGCCGUCUUCACCGCCUCCGUCUCCGACCACGCCGAGGAGAUUCUGUGGGACACCAUCGUCGAGAUUUGCGGCAGCGCCGUGCAGCAGUGCGUGGGGAUAGUCUCCGACAGGUUCAAGACCAAGGCUCUCAAGAAUCUGGAAGAUCGCCACCGUUGGAUGGUUAACAUCACCUGCCAGCAUCGCGCCUUCAACGCCUUGAUCAAGGAUUUCGGCAACGAGCUUCCCCUGUUCAAGAAUGCCGCCGGUAAUUGCCUCAAACUCGCCUCCUUCAUCAACAGCAACUCCCGAAUCCGCCACGCCUUCCACAAAUACCAGCUCCAGGAAUACGGGCACGCCGCUCUCUUCACAGUGCCCCUCCGAGGCCAUGAGGCCUCGGAUUUGAUAGAAGACAUAAUCGCCUCCGCGGGCGCUCUCCAGCUCCUCUUCUCGGACGAAUCGUACAAGGAGGAGCCGGCAAGGAGAGAAAUAGAAGAAAUGAGAAGGAAUCCACACUUUUGGAAUGAAGUAGAGGCAGUCCAUUCUCUAGUGAAGCUGAUCAAAUCAAUGGCGCAAGAGAUCGAAGCAGAGAAGCCGAGAAUGGGGCAAUGCCUCCCUCUCUGGGAGGAGCUCCGGGUGAAGGUGAAGGAGUGGUGCUCCAAAUUCCACAUUGCUCAGCCGCCCCUGGAGAGGAUCGUAGAAAAAAGAUUCAAGAAAAACUACCACCCAUCCUGGGCUGCAGCAUUCGUCCUUGAUCCCCUCUACCUGAUCAGAGACGCCACCGGAAAAUACUUGCCGCCGUUCAAAUGCUUGACGAGCGAGCAGGAGAAGGACGUGGACAGGCUGAUCACGCGGAUGGUGUCGAGGGAGGAGGCCCACGUUGCUCUGAUGGAGCUCAUGAAGUGGAGGAGUCAAGGCCUGGACCCUGUGUACGCCCAGGCGGUGCAGCUGAAGCAGAGGGAUCCGAGUUCAGGGAAGAUGAGGAUCGCCAACCCGCAGAGCAGCAGGCUCGUGUGGGAGACGUACCUCAGCGAGUUCAAGUCUCUGGGGAAGGUCGCGGUCAGGCUCAUCUUCCUGCACGCCACCUCGUGUGCCUUGAAGCUCAAACGGCCCCUCGUGAGAUGGGCAGGCGGCGGGCGGUCGAGGGAUGAUAGGCUGCAGAAGAUGAUAUUCAUUGCUGCUCAUUCCAAAAUGGAGAGAAUUCCCAAUGAUGAUGACAAGGAUGCAGAGCUCUUCGCCUUGGAAAAUGGUGAGGAUGAUGUGCUCAAUGAGGUUUUUGUUGAUACUUCCUCUGUGAGCAUUUGAUCCUUACAUGGUGAGGCCUCCAUGACAGACUAAUCACCAGCUCUACUUCGUCGUUCAUUCUCUAUUAGCCGAGAGCCGGAUCCAAUUACUAUCGUCUCCAAAUUCCCGUAGAGCUAGAGCCCUACCCGAUCGAACAACUUAACUCUAAUCGCGUCAAGUUUGUUGACAAAGCCAAACCAUGAUUUGGGGGUUUCAGAGAUGGAAAUUACAGUAGUACAUCUUUUUAUUUUGUGGUAACUGUUUUAGUUUAAUCUCAAAACAGAACAGAACAAAACAAUUAUUACUGUUGUAGAGUUUUUACCUUAGCUUUUUUUGCUUCAUGUGUUACCAGUCUCUAGUUUAAUUUGUCUAGCAUAUAUGGAUUUUAUGUUAUGGAAAUAUUUAAUCAAUGUUAUUCGCCUUUCAUAUCACCAA